CACAUGGACCCAGGAAACGAUACAGGAAUUUCAGAAUUUCUUCUUAUGGGAUUUUCAGAAGAACCAGAACUGCAGCCCAUCCUAUUUGGGCUUUUCCUCUCCAUGUACCUGAUCACUGUGUUUGGCAACCUGCUCAUCAUCCUGGCCGUCAGCUCUGACUCCCACCUCCACACCCCCAUGUACUUCUUCCUGGCCAACCUGUCCUUUGUAGACAUCUGCCUCACCUCCACCACCGUCCCGAAGAUGCUUCUGAACAUCCAGACCCACAGCAAGGUCAUAACCUAUGCAGGCUGCAUCACACAGAUGUAUUUUUUCACACUCUUUGCAGGAUUAGACAUCUUUCUCUUGACUGUGAUGGCUUAUGACCGCUUUGUGGCCAUCUGUUGCCCCCUGAACUACAUGGUCAUCAUGAACCCCCGGCUCUGUGGACUGCUGGUUCUGGUGUCCUGGAUCACGAGUGUCCUGCAUUCCUUGUUAGAAAGCUUAAUGGUGUUGCAACUGUCCUUCUGUACAGUCUUGGAAAUCCCCCACUUUUUCUGUGAACUCAAUCAGAUGAUCCAAUUUGCCUGUUCUGACACCUUUCUCAAUAACAUGGUGAUGUAUUUUGGAGCUAUGCUGCUGGGUGGUGGUCCCUUCAUUGGGAUCCUUUACUCUUACUCCAAGAUUGCUUUCUGCAUACAGAGAAUCUCAUCAGCUCAGGGCAAGUAUAAAGCAUUUUCCACCUGUGUGUCUCACCUCUCGGUUGUCUCUCUAUUUUAUUGUACUGGCCUGGGAGUGUACCUCAGCUCUGCUGCUACCCAGGGCUCCCACUCAAGUGCCACAGCCUCGGUGAUGUACACGGUGGUCACGCCCAUGCUGAACCCCUUCAUCUACAGCCUGAGGAACAGAGGCAUAAAAGAGGCUCUGAUGAGAUUCUCUGGGAUGGCAGCUACAAAAGGGCCAAUUGUCCUGGGCUGAAGAAGUGACAUGAUUGCAGGGCUCCAAGCCUGAGCCAAAUGUUGAGAUUCUUUGAUCAGACUGUGGAAGUGAAAUAUUCCUCUUCUGUUUUUUCCUGGAAUUUCUAUUUUUUUCCAACCUCUCUGUACAAUUUUGCAACUUGCUUGAUCAAGCUUCGUGAUAUCUUUGAUAUCCAAGAAAUUUUUCCUUUGUCACUUUCCUACUCACCCAAUGUUAUUCCUCACCUUGGAUGUGAAAUAUUUGGCAUUUCUCAUUUAUUUCAAAGGACUAGAUGGAUAUGUUAAGAAUAAUCUCUUUUCAGG